AUGAAUAUCAAAUUUGAGUUAUUAUCUGGAACAUUACCAGAAUUUGUUUAUAAAUGUGCCGGAAUUGAUCGAGUUGCAGCUGUAUUUGAUCAUGAAAAAAUCACUUUUACAUUUGCAGAUGUAAAAAAAGAAAUGGAUACAUUAGCAGCAGGCCUAUUGUCAACAGGUCUUAGACCACAAGAUCGUAUCCUUAUUUGUGGCUCCAAUACAGCUCAUUUCUUUAUUUGUCCAUUAGCAUGUGCAAGGGCAGAUUUAAUCUUUUCUUUGAUGAGUCCAAAUUUUGCAAAUGCUGAGCAGCUUAAAGAUGCACUGGUUAAGGGUGAAUUUCGUGCUAUAAUUUGCUUUCCGGCUAAUCGUGAAAUUGAAUUUUUGAAUAAUCUAUUAAAUGAAAUAUCACCAGAAUUAAUGUUCUCAGUUAAAGGCCGCUUAUGUAGUAAAGCGGUACCAAAAUUAACUCAUGUAAUUAUGGCUGAGGAAGAGCAUAAACAUGCUGGUACUUUCACAUUAUCCGAAAUUUAUGGACGAAGUAAUCGAGAGAGAGUCGAUAAAUUACCCAAUUUUAUGACAUGGGAUACGCAUAAACUUGUAGCUUUGCAAUUCACGUCUGGUAUUUCAGCUCCAGGUAAAUUAGUUGGCCUAACACAUUAUCAAUUACUAAAUGGCUGUUAUGCUGCUAGCCAAGCAAUUGGUUUCAAUGAUACUAGUUGUAUAUGCUGUGCUUUACCAUUGUUCAAAAUUCCAAUAUUAUCAGUUAUCGGAUUGGUACCAUUUAUUGCAAAUACACGAGUGAUAUAUCCAUCACCAUCACCACUUCCAAAAUUCCUUUUUGAUUCUGUCAAAAAAUUUCAAUGUACUCAUUUGAUGUCUAAUGCGGUUGCAUUAGGCUUAAUUCUGCGUGUAGCGCAAAUUCAAAAUGUUCAUUUACCAUCGAUUGAAAAUAUUAUUUUGCUUGGUGAACGAAUACCAUCUGAUGUUAUCAAAAAUAUCAUCAAACAAUUUGAGAAUGUUCAAAAAAUUAUGAAUGGUUAUAUAUUAACCGAAGUUGCAUCAAUUCCAAUUCUAACCUGGGAUACAGCAAAUACUAAAGGUGUUGGAAGAGCACUAGAUGAAUUUGUUGUGGAUAUUCGUGAUCUUGGAAUUCGAGCAAACUGGAAAGGUAAUAUCAAUAAAUCAGGUGAAUUAUGCAUCAAACCUAUUCAGGGAUCAAAAUUUCUCGGCUAUGAAUCACCGUAUGAAGGAAUGCAUGAAUGGAUUGAAACAGGAGAUGUCGUAACAAUGGAUGAAACUGAUAUUAUUAAUGUCAUUACUAAUAAGGAUGAUUUGAUUGUGGAUAAUUCUGGGCAACUUAUCGAACAUUGGCUUCUCGAGAAAGCAUUAUGCGCUCAUAAUGAGGUCAAAGGAGCACAGGAUUAA